AUGGCAGUCAAAGCCGCCGUCCCGUUUCUGGUGGCUAUGAUGCUGCUGACAGGUGUUUGCAACACGUUGUUGACCAAGUAUCAGGACAUGCAAUGCAUCAAGAACUGCGACGCGCCUAGUCCCAAGUACCGCGAACACUUCGAGCAGCCCGUUCUGCAGACACUCCAGAUGUUCGUUGGCGAGAUGGGCUGUUGGCUCGUUAUUGGCUUAUUCUCCCUUUAUCAGCGCUAUGCCAGCCGUCGGGCUGGCUACGAACCCAUCCCGGAUAGCGAGGGUACUGGCAUCAACACACCGGGAUCCGACGUGACCGAGACUGGCGAGAUUGCCAACCCCCUGAAACCUGCACACCCAGACGAUGAGGGCAGGAUACCGUUGACUGGUCGCAGCAUCUUUCUGUUGGCUCUCCCAGCAUGUUGCGACAUCGCUGGUACUACGCUCAUGAACGUGGGUUUGCUUUUCGUAGCUGCCAGUAUCUACCAGAUGACUCGAGGAGCACUCGUGUUGUUUGUCGGACUCUUUAGCGUGUGGUUCCUGAAACGUCAUCUCGGAGCAUACAAGUGGUUCUCGCUCUUCGUCGUUGUUACCGGUGUUGCGAUUGUCGGACUCGCAGGCGCCAUCACCCGUGAUGACAAGGCGACUCCUGGACAUCAAUCUCUCCACGAUACCACUGCUGGUCCAGUCAGACAGCAGGCUCUUUCACAGGCUGCCAUGACGAUUAUUGGUGUGAUGCUCAUCGCUGGUGCUCAGAUCUUCACUGCGACACAGUUCGUGCUGGAGGAGAGGAUCAUGGAGAAGUAUGCGAUGGAGCCUAUCAAGGUGGUUGGCUGGGAAGGCAUUUUUGGAUUCAGCGUUACGCUCAUUGGCAUGAUCAUCUUGCACUUUGCGAUUGGUACCGGGUACUUCAACGCCAGAGCGGGAUUCUACCAGAUGACACACUACCGCGCCAUUGCCGUUUCUUCGGUGCUUAUUAUGAUCAGCAUUGGUGGCUUCAAUUUCUUCGGCCUGUCAGUCACCCGCACCGUGUCUGCAACCUCGCGCUCCACCAUCGACACAUGCCGUACUCUCUUCAUUUGGAUUGUCUCGCUCGGUCUUGGCUGGGAAACUUUCAAAUGGCUGCAAGUGUUAGGGUUCGCGCUGUUGGUCUAUGGAACGUUCUUGUUCAAUGACUUGAUCAGGCCCCCGCUAAAGUCGUGGGUCGAGAGGAAACCGGAGCCUUUGUUGCCUGAGGCUCCAAUUGAGCAUCUCUAG